AUGCCUAAGUGGGUAUUCAACUCCCCGGCCGGCCUCCUCACGCCCGCCGAGAAGAAGCAGAUCGCCGAGGGCAUGACCAAAGUCUACGGCAGCGCCCGCCUGCCCGCCUUCUACUGCCACGCCCACUUCGUCGAGUUCGAGCCCUCCAACAUCUACACCGCCGGCGAGCCCUCCAAGAACGUCACCACCAUCGCCAUCUACCACAUCGCAAAGGUCUUCGACAAGCCCGAGGUCGAGCAGGCCUUCCUGCGGGCCUUCGACGACGUCAUCCGCCCCGUCCUGAAGCCCAAGGGCAUCGAGUGGGAGUCCGGCAUCUACGAGUCCCGCAGGGAGCUCUGGAGGGUCAACGGGCUGGUGCCCCCCGCCAGGGACUCGGAGAUGGAGAAGAAGUGGUUCGCGGAGGGGAGGGUUACCGAUGAGGAGGAGUUGCUGAGGGAGCAGCGCGGACAUUGA